CUCCCCGCAACUCAGGACCCAAAGAUACCCACUAAUAAUAGUCUGGGCCUCAGAAGGCCUCAGAAGGUCCAUGUCCCUUCUCUGAUGAGUCACAUCUGUUUCACAAGGGAGACCUGCACAAUAUUAGGAAGGUGGUCAUAAUGUUAUGUCUGAUCGGUGUAUAAAACAAUCUAAAGCUACGGAUUUAUUGAGGAUUUAUAUUUUACACGCAUAAAGUCAUGCAGGAACAGCUCCCCUCUAAUGGAGCAACACCCACUUUACAUACUUCACACCAAUAAUAUUUGCAGAGACGAUUGAUACAUAAUGUUCAAACGGCGUUUGCACUUUUACGACGGUCCCUAAUUUCAGGGGGUAAUAGUCUAGUUCACUGUGUAUUCGAGCUAGGUUUUCGAAACUAUCUGUGCUGAGCAUCAUAUAGGUCCUUGAUGUGUAAAAAAUAAAUAAUAAAAUAAAUACAUUUAAAAAAAAUUGUGCAGCAUCAGGCGAGUUUUCAGCUGCGCCCUGCAACUACAUCCGUGUCAGGUGUCGGUCCGGUCCUGAUGAACCUUGUGGAGGAUCCGUCUCUGUGAAUGUGCGUUAACGUCGAGGCGGGUACACCUCCAGCAGCUGGUGCUGCGCCGCCAGUCAGAGGCAGAGGACCCGACCAUCUGAAGCGGAGUGGGGGUAGUCAGCUAAGCUGCUUACAGUCCUGCCAGCAGGCCCACGGUUGAACUGGUGAGAAGAAUGGACGGCUUCAUCACAUCAGCGGAACAUGGGCUGUAAGAAGGAGCGCUGCUCGGUUCCGCUGGCAUCCACAUAACUGGAUCAGACUCCCUGAAGGAAUGUUCACCCUCACAGAAGUAGCCUCCCUGAACGACAUCCAGCCAACGUACCGCAUACUGAAACCAUGGUGGGAUGUCUUCAUGGACUAUCUGGGUAUUGUCAUGCUGAUGUUGGCCAUCUUUUCUGGAACCAUGCAGUUAACCAAGGACCAGGUGGUUUGUCUCCCCAUCCUGGAACAAACUCCGGAGGGUGCCGGGGGCUUCUUGGAACCCCAACCCCCAGAACCGACUGAUGGUUUAUGGAAUAAAGAGAGCGCCAUUGGGGAGCAAGCUGCUCCGCUAAUGGCUAAAAGGCCUCCCGACAACAUCGCCCCCACAAUACACUUCACACAGUCACCCGCUCUUGGACAGCCCCAGCCUACAGGAGUCAGGACCAAGCUGGAUUUUCAGCAAUAUGUUUUUGUCAACCAGAUGUGCUAUCAUGUUGCACUUCCUUGGUACUCCAAAUAUUUCCCAUACCUUGCUCUAAUUCACACUAUAGUUCUGAUGGUCAGUAGCAACUUCUGGUUCAAAUACCCAAAGACGAGUUCAAAAAUAGAACAUUUUGUUUCCAUACUUGGAAAAUGUUUCGAAUCUCCUUGGACUACGAAGGCACUGUCUGAGACUGCGUGCGAGGACUCGGAGGAGAACAAGCAGAGGCUAGCCGGCGCCUCCUCGCUCCUCAAACAUCUGUCCACAAGCAGUGAGGAGGGGAGUCCAAACCAGUCCGCCCCCAUACUGACUAAAACUGGGGUCACCUUUUCCGCAGAAAAGCUUGUGAGUGAAGUUCCCUCCAUGACCAUACUGGACAAGAAAGACGGCGAGCAAGCGAAGGCCUUGUUUGAAAAAGUCCGGAAGUUCCGUGCCCACGUGGAAGACAGUGAUUUGAUUUACAGACUCUAUGCCAUUCAGACAGUCAUCAAAACAGUGAAGUUCAUUUUGAUCCUUUGCUACACGAUGACAUUUGUUGCCUCUAUAGAUUUUGACCAUGUGUGUGAGCCUGAAAUAAAGCAUUUGACGGGAUAUGCUAAGUUCCACUGCACACAUAACAUGGCUUUUAUGCUGAAGAAACUCCUUGUCAGUUACAUUGCGCUCAUAUGCGCUUAUGGUGUUAUCUGUAUAUACACACUGUUCUGGCUUUUUCGGCGACCACUUAAGGAGUAUUCCUUUGAAAAAGUCAGAGAGGAAAGCAGCUUCAGUGACAUUCCCGAUGUUAAGAAUGACUUUGCCUUCCUCCUGCAUAUGGUUGAUCAAUAUGACCAGCUGUAUUCAAAGCGUUUUGGGGUUUUUCUUUCGGAGGUGAGUGAGAACAAGCUCCGGGAGAUCAGCCUCAACCACGAGUGGACCUUUGAGAAGUUGAGGCAGCAUGUGACACGCAAUCCUCAAGAAAAGCUGGAACUUCAUCUUUUCAUGCUAUCUGGAGUGCCAGAUGCCGUGUUUGACCUCACUGACUUGGAGAUACUGAAACUAGAAUUAAUCCCAGAGGCCAGGAUCACAGCUAAGAUCUCACAAAUGAUAAACCUCCAAGAGCUGCACUUCUACCACUGUCCCGCCAAAGUUGAGCAGACUGCUUUCAUUUUCCUUCGCGAUCACCUUCGGUGCCUUCAUGUCAAAUUCACAGAUGUCGCUGAGAUUCCUAGCUGGGUGUACAUGUUGAAAAAUUUAAGGGAACUGUACUUGGUGGGUAACCUGAACUCUGAAAACAACAAACUGAUCGGACUCGAGUCCCUGCGAGACCUCAGGCACUUAAAGAUUCUGCAUCUCAAAAGCAACCUCACAAAGGUCCCGACGAACAUAACGGAUCUGUCGCCACAUCUCAUCAAGCUGGUCAUCCAUAACGAUGGCACAAAACUCUUAGUGCUGAACAGUCUAAAGAAAAUGAUGAACCUUGCAGAGCUGGAGCUUCACAACUGUGAGCUGGAGCGCAUCCCGCACGCCAUCUUUAGUUUGAACAACCUUCAGGAACUUGAUCUAAAAUCCAACAACAUUCGUACCAUCGAGGAGAUCAUCAGCUUCCAGCACCUCAAAAGACUAACGUGCCUCAAACUUUGGCACAAUAAGAUCAUCACCAUUCCAGUGUCAAUCAGCCACGUCAAAAACCUCGAAUCGCUUUAUCUCUCGCACAACAAGCUGGAGUCUCUACCCUCAUCGUUAUUCACUCUUCUCAAGCUGAGGUACCUCGAUGUUAGCCAUAACUCUAUAGUGACAAUACCACUGGAGGUGGGCUUUCUGCAGAACCUCCAACAUUUUGCUAUCACGGGCAACAAAGUGGAAGUAGUCCCCAAGCAACUGUUCAAGUGCACCAAGCUAAGGACACUAUGUCUCAACCACAACUGUAUCUCCUCCAUUCCUGAGAAGAUUGGUCACCUCUCGCAGCUCACACAUCUGGAACUGAAGGGAAACUGCCUGGAUCGUCUCCCAGCUCAGCUCGGCCAGUGCUGCCUCAUCCGCAGGAGCUGCCUGAUGGUGGAGGAUCACCUCUUUGACUCGCUCCCCAUUGAGGUCAAAGAGAGCAUCAAUCAGGAAUCAGCCGUGUCUUUUGCAAACGGGUGUAAGUGUCUAAGUGAGGGACGGUUGUAACAUUCUAUGUCAGGCACAUCAUCAUAGUUUUCUAUUUUGUUUUGUUAAUUUGUUAGUUUUGUUUUUUUUUGAAAGCAAACCAUUAUCAUUAGAAAUAGUAGUUUAAAGUAGAGUACACUUCAUGGUCUCGUAGCAACAAUACAGUGAUCAUAGCACAGCACAUAAGGUUGGCACCACUCACGUAUUUCUUAAUGUUUUAUAUGCACAAAUACUGUGGAUUUGGGUAAAUUUGUAUAAUUUUUAAACAGUCCCUUUUUAUUGUCGGUUUCAAUUAACUUCAGACAGUUGACUGCCAUGAUACAGAAGUAUUGGCUUAAAUAAUGUAUUCCUAGAUUUGUCAGUUUGGCAAUAGGCCCAAUUAGUUAUUUACACCUGCUAAGAGUUAGAUGAAGAGAUCGGUACCACUGUUAAAUACUCAUAUCUAACCAUCAGAUAUGAAUCUACAACCAGGAGAGCCUUAGCUGAGUAUUAAAAGUAAAGACGAGCAUCUUGUUUGUACUAAGUUCUGGCUGGUGGGUCUUUGUGCUAAGCUCAGCUAACCAGCUAAUUGUAGCUUCAUAUUUAGCAUACUUGAAAGCGGUAUUAAUCUGUCCAUCUAACAUGAGAUGAAACAACUUCCCAAAAUGUUAAACUAUCCCUUUAAAGGGUCAGUGGACAUCUAACUAAAAGUUUAAAAUCGAAUACGGUACAUGACCAAGCAUAUUUGUUUUAUUGUUAAUUUGUGGUGGUUGGUACAAUAAGCAUGAACGUAAGUCAGCUAAAAUAUCUAAGAAUCAAACAGUAUCAUGAACCCUCAGUAAUUCAGGCCUUGUUGCUUUUUUUUUUAUUUUCUAACUGUUUUCUAAGCGAAUCAAGGCUAGCAGCUGUUGUUUUUUUGUUUUUUUAAGCGGUGUUGCAUGUACCUUUUUUCAACAUAAAAUAAGUUAGUUUAGAACCAGGAUGGAGAAAAAUAUCUCAGAGACAGAUUUCUCAGAAUGUCAGGAAAUACAAUCAAGUGAAGUCGAAUUUUUCCUCUCCAGCCAUUAUCAAGAAUGACCUAUAAUCCUCAACUUUUAAAAGCUGUUAUGAUAUUUGUAAAACCAUGAUUAUAUACCACAAAUCCAUGAUAUAAUAUUAAUAAACUCAUGCAUUCCACGUUCAGUAUGCUCGUAACAUAGUUUCAUGUUAUAUACCAAACUGACAUAAAACCAUUUCUAUUUUUUCUUGUGUCUUCAUUCAUGCAGUUAUUUUUCAUACCGUAGAUUUUCUCUAGGAAGUGGGGAAAUUAUGCUUUUAAUUAACUGUACUUUUGCUGUUAGGUUUAAUUAUUUUUCAUUCUUGUAAACAAUACAUAUUUACUGUCUUGCGUGCAUUUUCCACUUGUCUUUUAUGUGUUCUUUCAGCACAGCAGUUUGUAAAGCUGUUUUUAAGCUGUGUUACAUGAAUAAAGGAAUUAUUAUAGACACAA